GUACUGGAAGUUCAUCUAAAUGAGAAAAUCAAUUUAAAAGUCGACAGUAAGUUUUUACAUGAAUUUCCGGUUAAAAUACAGCACAUAUUGAUUAUAAUAGGCAAUAAGCCCAAUCCUUCUUUUUGCAUGUUUGACAUGGAAACAAACUGCAGGCAGGAGCCGUUCUGCUGCAUGUUUCAAGCUGGUGGGACUAACAGAUGGCAAUAAUGGGAUUACAAUAAUCGGAUUUUUAAAAGUGGCAUAUGUAAUCUUAAACACCUACUGUAAAAACACAGUAAUCUGAUUACAGACUCUUUGAAGAGAAGAAUGCAGAAAGCAUUUAGAUAAAAUUAAUGAGACUUGAUUUUGUUAUAGCGUUACUGGAAAUGUCUUCAGUCUGUUCAGCUGUGAAGCGGAAUAAAGCCUUCUUUCUUUCCCUGUUCAGUCGAGGUGUGGGAUGCAUUAGGAGAUCAUACAGCGCGGGGACGCCCCCAAGUGGACAUCAGCAGCAUUACAGCAUCAGUCCAAGAUAAAAAUAGUGGAAGUUAACGCAGGCAGAGCUCGGACACGAUGGAGACAGAAAUACUGAGAAUGAUCUGCGCCAAUCAAGGAGCAGUCAACACGGAGGAUUUAGUGUAUAAUCUGUUUUCCGGCGAUCCCACGAAGGUGUCGGAGAUCAUAUCUAACCGAGAGAAAUUUGCUCGGUGUUGUCCAAACGGACAGCCGAAGGUGGUGGCCAGGACCCGCCUGAGACUUUGCAGAGCCAAAGACUGCCCGGGGACGUGCAGGGGUCUGCACCUGUGCAAAAACUUCCUCUUCGGAUUCUGUGAGUUCAGUCAGCUCAGGAGGGGCUGCAGCUUCUCCCAUGAGCUGACCUCUGAGCAUAACCAAAGACGUCUGAGGCAGCAUGAGCUGGAGAGCCUGAGCCGAGAGGAGCUGUGCACCCUGCUGCUGCAGAGUGACCACACACUCCUUCCUGCUAUAUGCUACGACUACAACAACGGUGAUGGAGAGUUCGGCAGGUGUCAGGAUGGUGAUGGUUGCAGGAGGCUCCACAUCUGUGAGAACUACAUCAGCCGUGAAUGCAGCUGCUGGAAGAACCACGAUUUUAAUGCUCCACAGCCAUUCAGAGCUUUGAAAGCUAGAGGCGUACCUGACACACUCUUUCAGUCCUUGAAGGCUGCUUAUGCAAAUAAACAGGCUUUGAAGCUGGCUGGAACCCACAGGGAAGAUAGAGUCCACAGAGGAAACUGCUCCAGUGGUGAAGUCUCUGCUAAUGACAACAACACUGAUGAAAGCAGUCUUUUUGGUAAGAGCAAAAAGCGGCCACGCCGUUGGGAUAGAGGGAAAGACGGUAACCUGGUCAACCGAGAAAACGCCCGUUUCUCAAGUGACAUUCAUGCAGCUGACGAUGAAGCUGGAACCCACAGGGAAGAUAGAGUCCACAGAGGAAACUGCUCCAGUGGUGAAGUCUCUGCUAAUGACAACAACACUGAUGAAAGCAGUCUUUUUGGUAAGAGCAAAAAGCGGCCACGCCGUUGGGAUAGAGGGAAAGACGGUAACCUGGUCAACCGAGAAAACGCCCGUUUCUCAAGUGACAUUCAUGCAGCUGACGAUGAAGCUGCAAAAGCUAACAAAGGGCACAACAAGAGACAGAGGACCAUUAGAGAUAAAACAGAGAUCUGCAUGUACUUCAUUAAAGGUCACUGCAAACAUGAUGAUCGAUGUUUUAAAGCUCAUGACAAGAUGCCGUACCGAUGGCAGGUCCAAGAUGGAGUCCAGUGGACUGAUUUGCCCGAUAAUGAGACAAUUGAGAGAGACUACUGUGACCCCAGUAACUCAUACAGUAGCACCAGCCCGGCCGUGCACUUUGACACGAUGACGUUUGGACAGAACAAAGUGCGUCGACUCUCGACAGAAAACUCUGUGAUCGAGCCAACCUUCAUCCACACCACCGAGUGGCUUUGGUACUGGCAGGAUGAGUUUGGGAGUUGGAACAUGUUUGCAUCUGCUAUUGGUGGACACGAAGCAGAAGACAUCAACAGCGCAAAGCUGUAGGAGAAGUUUCUGGCCAAUGAUAAAGACGUGGUGGAGUUCACUGCUGGUUCACAGUCAUAUUCACUCAGUUUCCAAGCGAAUCUCACUCCAGCGCAGCUCAGAAGAAUUUAAGGAGGCUGAAGCUCUUUUCUAUAAAACCAUGAAAGACUGUGACAUCACCAACAUUGAGAGGAUUCAGAACAAAGAUCUAUGGGAAAAAUUUCAGAUGUACGUAUUUCAUUGAA